CUGUUGUUAGCAUAGCAUCGCCGGAGAUUGGCUGUCCAUUUAGUCAUGUUUUCAAUUCUAAAUAUGCAGAAAAAUUAACUGCCUGCUAUUCAAAUUAAAAGUCUUUAUACAAUAAAUGUUACUCUUUUUUGGCAGCCAAAAAACAUUAGUAUACGAUUCCUUUCACAUUAUCUAAUAAUAUGUCAAAAAUUUUUUAGUGAAGACAAUAGAGUGAUCAGUGCGCGACUAAAUUAAGUAACAAAUAUUUCAAUACCGUAUUUAAGUUUAAAGCUUUCAAAUUUAUUAUGAAAUCUAAUAGACGAACGUAUAUCCACGAAAUAAUACCCGAAACCUCAUCAAAUGACAAGUAUUUGUUGCUUUUAAAGUUAAUUGACAUUGCAAUAUCGUCGGUGGUUAUAGCGCCUUGUGUAAUCGCUUACUGGAGGGGGACUUGGGAACUCAUGGAACUUAUUUUGUUGCCUCAAUACAAUGGUACUUCUGCUUUAAUUUCAUAUGUAAUAGGUUGUUUUGGUCACAUAAUUUUUACAAUAUGUCAAAAUAGUUUCAAAAACUCUUUUGAUCCUGAGAAAAAAAGGUUGACAUAUUAUCUAGGUUCACGUGGCUAUACGGCUAUAUUUGGAGUAAUAUGUGUAAACAUGUGGCGUGGCGCCUGGAACAUAUGUGACUUAUUAACAAGUAAAACUUCACUUGGUGUAAUAUUACUACUGACAGUAGUCUCCUUAUUUAUAUUAACUGCAACUAGAACCAGCCGAAAUUUAACCGCUGCUCCAUUUGUUGUCGCAAUUGAUGGCAGACAAAUGUAUUUCGAUAUUUCUACAUUUUUUGAUACUCGUUUUAACCGUCCUGGACUUUACCUUUUGGAUACAUUUUUCUCAGUGAUUUUUGUCGGAACACUCGUGGUUAUUUCAUGGCGAGGAGUUUGGGGGUCUCUGGAUUUAGUUUUCUACAGGAAAAAUACUGAAAUGUCAGCCCUUGGGUCUUUGGUUAUAGGCUAUGGCAUAGUUUUCAUAACAUUUGUCUUGCAACCAUGUUUUCGUUGGAUAUGCGAUAGUUCCACUGGAAAAUUAAAACUAUUUUUAGCAGAUAUAUAUUACAUGUUGAGCUUUAUGGGAGCAGUCAACGUAUGGCGUGGAAUAUGGAUGAUACUGGACAUACACCUAUAUCCAGGUAUUUUUUUAUGUUUGUUACCUCAUAACUUUGGACUAAAUGAACCAAUUUUAAUAGUUCUUCUUGUAUUGGUGCCUGCAGAGUGGUCCCAUUUCCAAUUCGUUCAGUUCGGGCUAUAGAAACUAUGAGGAAAACCAUAGAUAAAAUCCGGUUUUGAUCCAUGGAAGUCGGUUUUGUUUUUUUUGUUGAUAAAAAUAAUUAUGAACAGACUAAUAUAAGGGUGAACAGAAUGGAGGUGGAAAGUUUCGAUGUCAAAAAUUAUAAGUAUUUAUAACUACAAAAUAUUAUAAUAACUAGAGAUGCCGCGAACAUUGAUUUGGUCGAAUACCGAAUAUUCGGCCACAUUCCUCGGCCGAAUACCGAAUAUUCAGCCGCCGAAUAUUCAGCCAAGGACACUCAGAAAAAAACGUUGGUAAAUUCAAAAAUUUUAUACUUUGUUUCAAGAAUAGAUGUGGCUUAAAAAAUUCCCAACAACAUCGUAUUGUAACGAUGAAUAACUGAACUACUUUUAAGACAAAUGUCUGAACACACUACCUGCUACUGCAAAGGUAGACAUCUAAAAUCGAAUUAUAUAUGAGGACUGUUCGCCAAGAUCGAACGGCAAUAACUUCAAAAAUAAAUUUUUAAUUCGUACUAGGGCCUACGAUUUUGUUCGUGUAAUUAAUUACACGUGUACCCGAUACACGUGUACACGUGUAUCUAAAAAACAUUUACAUGGGUACUUUAUUUACACGUGUAUUUAGUAAAUAGACGUGUAUUUAUAUUUACUCGUGUAAAUAGCGAUUUUUUAAAAAAUGCAUGAUAAUGAAUAAAAAGGUUAUUGUUCAGGUUUUUGUUUACAGAAACUUUUGAUUGUGAAUUCGAAUGUUAUAGAAAAAUAUAUGUAUGAAUAUAGGUACGCACAAAAAAAAAAUUGGCAAACAGGAAAUUAGCAAAAAUAAUAAAGUUUUUUUUAUUAUUAAUACGCUUUUAUUAGCUUCGUUUGUAACUGACAAAGCAACUAAAAAACUAGCCAUAUAAAUAUUGGAAAACAAUUUUUACCCGAUUCCCAUUAUCGUAUCGAACUGAAACUUUGUACACAUAUGAAGUUCGGAUGUCAAUGCAAUAUUUUAGGGUCCGGACUCAGGGGAGGGGCAUUGGGGGGUAGAAACACUCCAAAUCUAUUUUAUCCCAUUCUAGCUAUCGCAAAAACUUUUGCAGGUAAUUUGCAAGAGAGGGGCUUUUGGAUUUCAUACCACCCAAAUAAAUUUUCAUCUACUUUAUUAUAUUAUACGACUAAAAAGCUUUCUGUCUUUUUUGUGGCUGACGACGGUGUGAACGACUUCGUUUAUAGAAGUCGUCGUGUCAGCAUAUAAUGUUGCAUGUCGACGAUGAUAUUGACGACGCGACGACGACGACGACGACGACAUACACGACCGUCGCGUCCGGUGACGACCUAGGAGAUCGUGUUAACUUACCUUUAUUUUGGGUCGGACACACGAAAAAACUAUCUCUAUGGGUUCUCAGGAACACAAAGAAGAGGAUUGUAUUUAAUCUUUACCAUUUUUUUGUGACAGAUAAGAGAAAAUUGCAUACAAACAGACAAAACCAUAUUUGGCUUCGUAUGCAGUAGAGGGUUAAGAAAUGAUUUUUGUGUACCUACUUUUCUUUUAACCCUCUACUGCAUGAAUUAAUAUUAGCGGACGAAAAAAUUAAAAAAUGAUUAACAUGGGUUUAUUGGGUUCUCUCAAAACGGUUUUCAUUAAAAAAAAUUUGUUUAAAUUAAUUUGUUUAAAAAAUUUGUUUACAGCCAAAUUUGGCUUCGUAUGCAUUAAAGGGUAAGAAAUUUUACUAAUUUUAUUUAUUCAGAUUAUGUAAAGAAUACAAUUAAAAAUAUCAAAAGAUAAAUAUUUAUCAUUUAAAAACAAAAUAAAGUAAAAUAAAUACAUCGCAUUACAAAAGGUAAAGAAUUUGCUCAUUUUAAGACAAUGAACCGAGAAAAGCAAUUUGUUUCUGUCCGUUACAUAUAUUUUUUCUUGUUCACAUUCUUUCCACUGUCGAAGUAAGUCUUGCUCCAACAUUGUCACCCACUCCCAGAUCUUACAAAAACUAAAAAGUAAUAAAAUGAUUGAAAAUUGUUAUAGGUGAGCCCCCUUCCCCUAAAAUUUUUGUGGCUACGCCGCUGAAAAUGGGGUUAACAUGAGAAAAAUGUCUCUUAAAGCGAAGGGGCUCCAUUUCUGAAGUUAAACAUAGCUUCCAAGCAAAAUAACAAUGUAAAGAAACAAAAUUUUCCAACAAAAAAUUUAACAAAUUGUGUAGAUUUACAACCCCUUUAUGCAUACGAAGCCAAAUAUGGCUUCCGUACUUUUUACCCUCCCAAGACCAGGCCAAUAAUUUUUUUACAGUAAAAAUUGGUUUAUAGCAUACACAAUUAGACAAUCGAUCAAAAAUAAAUUUUUAAUUCCACUUUAAUUUCCAAACAAACGCAAUAAUUAAUACUUAAAGUAUGAAUAUAUUCUACACUUUCGAUUUCAAUGCACAUAAAAUACACCUUUAUUUUGGGUCGGACACACGAAAAAACUAUCUCUAUGGGUUAUUAGAAACACAAAGAAGAGGAUUGUAUUUAAUCUUUACCAAUUUUUUCUGACAGAGAAGAGAAAAGUGCAUACAAACAGACAAAAUCAUAUUUGGCUUCGAAUGCAGUAGAAGCUUUGAAUAUAAUACUUUUUCGGAUUUUAAAUCCUUAGAAAUUUACAAAACUCUACAGUACAGCUCAACUUAUAUUAUCGAACGAAUCAAAAUAAUUUAAUCCAGAAUAGCGUUCGCUAAAAACAUGACCACAUCGCCAAAUUAUGGUAAAAUAGUUUGUUUGAAUACCAAAAAAAAUUUUAAAUUUUAAUUUUCGUUUAUGUUCUAAAACUUCAACAUUUUGAAAAUCAUCUUAAUCAAGAGAUUUCAGUAUCACAGAACAAUUUCUUUUUUAAGUUC